GGCUCCGCCACAGGGGCGCGCCGCGCUCCAAAAAAGGGAGGCCCGAGGCGGCGCGCUCAACGUGGCGCGCGCUGCCCACCACCCCACCUCGCGUCCCGGAGGCCCGCACGCACCCAGGAGCUAAGGUGUCCGCAGGGGUUGCAGCCCUAAGGCAGAAGAACUGGGGGAGUAGGGUCGCCGCCUGCCUCACCUGGAGGAACUAGAAAGGCAGGUGGAUAGGAGUCGCAGUGGAACCGCGGGGAUGACCGGGAGAGGGAGGGGGCUGGCUUCUGGGCGGUGCCAAGUCUGAAAGGGGGCGCGGUCACUGCAGAGCCUUCCAACCGAGGCUGAGGCCGCCACGUCCCGCUACCCCAGGCGUAAGAGGCAGCCCCGGGUCUGCUGUCCUCAAGACCUCCAGACAUGUCCGAGGUGAAGAGCCGGAAGAAGUCGGGGCCCAGGGGAGCCCCCGCGGAGCCUGGGAAGAGGAGCGAGGCCGGGAAGAGCCCCGAUGCUCGGGGCAGUGGAGGCGGGGGCUGGGCGGACCCCCGGACCGGCGUUAGCUUGCUGUCGCUGGGGACGUGCCUGGGCCUGGCCUGGUUUGUAUUUCGGCAGUCAGAAAAGUUUGCAGAGGUGGAAAACCAAUACCAGUUACUGAAAAUGGAAACCAAUGAAUUCCGAGGGCUUCAAAGUAGAAUCAGUUUAAUUUCAGAAAAGCUUGAGUCUACUGAAAGUAUCCUGCAGGAAGCUACAUCAUCUAUGUCUUUGGUGACCCAGUUUGAGCAGGAAGUAUCCAGCCUCCAAAGUAUCAUUCAUGACAUUCAAAAUAGCGAAGAGAUGCUUGCUCAAAAGAUGCAAAGCCUUAGUGAGAAAUUCCAGAAUGUUACAGACUUCUGGAAGAAAAGCCUAGAAGAAAUGAAUGUUAAUACAGAUAUUUUCAAAUCAGAAUCAAAACAUAUACACUCUCAAGUCACUGUCCAAAUAAACUCAGCUGAACAAGAAAUAAAAUUGCUCACUGAAAGGCUAAAAGAUUUGGAGGACAGCACGCUAAGAAAUAUCAGAACAGUAAAAAGACAAGAAGAAGAGGAUCUUCUGCGAGUAGAGGAGCAGCUUGGCUCCGACACAAAGGCAGUUGAAAAGUUAGAAGAGGAACAGCAUGCUCUCUUUGCCAGAGAUGAAGACCUGACCAAUAAACUUUCCAGUUACGCACCCAAAGUCGAAGAAUGCAAGACGCAUUUGCCCACAAUUGAAAGUGCUAUUCGCUCUGUUCUCAGGGUCUCUCAGGAUCUGAUAGGGACAGAAAAGAAAAUGGAAGAUUUGACCCUUCAGAUGUUUAAUAUGGAAGAUGAUAUGCUGAAAGCAGUGUCUGAAAUAAUGGAGAUGCAGAAAAUCCUUGAAGGAAUUCAGUAUGAUAAUAGCAUAUUAAAGAUGCAGAAUGAACUGGAUGUUCUAAAAGAAAAAGUUCAUGAUUUUAUAGUAUAUUCAAGUACAAGAGAAAAGGGAACUCCAGCAGAGUAUAAUCUAGAAAAUAAAGGAAUGGAUAGUGAUUUUUAAAUGCACUACAUUUAUUCUGAUGAACCACAUUAUUAUACAGGGACUGAUUAGUUCCCUGUUUUUGUGCUAUUGUGAUAUGCCUCACUUUAUCCUACAUUAUUGGAAAAUAAGUGAGAUGUCCACUCAAAAGGAUUAUCCAGAGAGUAGAAGUUGUUUUUAAGCAAUAAAACUUUUCAUCUUAACCAUUUUAAAUAGAAA